AUGGCUGUGUCAACAUGUGUGUUGUUUACUGUGUUGGUAGUCUGUGUUAGAGGACAAUUAGAAUGGGAGAGAUUACAUGAUGGUGCUGGGAUAGCACCUAGUGCUAGAGUUAGUAUGGGGUUUGGUUAUGAUCUCGCGUCUAAUAAAAUUAUAGUAUUUGGAGGUGGUCCUGGUCCUAUGAACGAUACCUGGAUUUAUGACGUGACUUCAGGUAUUUGGAAAGAGGUGGUUGUUACAAAUGGACCUGAAGCCAGAUUCAGUAUGGUAUCCGGUUUUAGCAAUGGUAAUUUCUAUAUAUCAACUGGGGAAGGAGCUAACAAAGUAUUCUUCAAUGAUAUUUGGAGAUUCGAUAUACUGUAA